UCCCUCCCAUCUCCCACAUCCAAAGUGGAGCAGCUCUGUGCUGGCUGGGGCUGUGACAUCUGCUGACGCUCCCGACUUUUAGAAGUGGAGCAGAGGAACGCGCGCAUCGUGACCACCACCCUGCUGCUCACUGAAGAAGUAAUGCGGGAAGACCGGGGCUCGGAGGGGAGCUACGUCCUGUACGGGUCCUCCUGUGCCGAGAUCACCGAAGAAGCUGAAUAUGUGAAAAAGCAGCACCCUCCGGUGCCGGGCAGUAGCCCAGAGUCCAGGAGCAGCGGCUGGGGCUCGAGCUGCAGCCCCGUGGCGGCGAAGAUGAGGGAAACGGAGAGGCAGCUGCUGCUGGUCAGCAGGGAGAACGAGGUGCUACAGAUCAAGCUGGAAGCCACAAGAGAAGCGGGCGUGCAGGCUCUCCGAGCUGCCUCCCAAAAACUCUACGAGAACUACCAGACUCGGUCAGAAGAACUUCGAAAAGCUCACGAGAAUGAGAAGAAGCAAAUACAGGCCCGCAGCCGGGAACAGGAAGAGAAGCUCCAGCAGAAGGAGGAGAACGCCAGGCGGCUCGCCGGCGACGUGGAGGAGAGGUGCGCCCGCAUCGCGGGCAUGGAGCAGCGCGUGCGGAGGAUGGAGGAGGAAAAGAAAACUCUGAUAGAAAAGAAAAUGUCCUAUGAGAAGAUGCUUCUGCAGAUGAUGUCAAGGAAUGAAGACAGCAAACGGUGCCUGGCCGUGCAGCAGGACAUCGCCACGCUGCGGGAGCAGAUCGGCCACCUGCAGCGCCUGAUCGGGGCACAGCACCAGAGCCUGCGCCGCGUCAUCCAGGAGGUGGAGGAAUUGAACGAAGAACUCAAAAUCCAGGACAAAAAAAUAGAAGACCUGACAGAAAAGGUGACGGCGCUUGAGACUCAGAAUAAAGAACUAAAAGACAGACUGGCGUUAUGGUCCGGCCAGCCCAAGACGAAAGUUUCAAAAGCCGUCCUGGCAGACCCCCUGCGGGACUACAGAGCAUCCCCUUACCUGCUGCUGACCAGGAUGAAGAAGCAGGACAGCUAAACGAACUACCGGGCGCGCAUCUCCUGCCUUUGGCAGAAGGACUUCUUGUGUUGCACCGCACCUUGGACACGUGCUGCUUUUUCUCCGAGACGUGGUGCAGAAGGGGUGCCGCGGAGCUGCUCUUGGAAGGAUAAACCUGGAAACAAGGCAUGAGGUGACGAGACAGCCCGGGGGCUGCUGCACACGGGGGCUCCCCCACCUCCACGGGCUGCAGCGGAGCAUCAAUCCUGUACCCAGCGGGAGCAGCGGCUGUUCACAGUAAGCGUGUCGCUGCCCGGUGCCGUGCUGCAGCUGCCGAGCCCAGCAGCGGUGCCCAAGGCUGCCCCCGUGGCGUUCAGCACCCUGGGCACGGUGCUGUGCUGUCCUCAGGCGAGGACGGAGCCGAUCCCUCGGUGUUAAACCAGCUGCUGUUUUCCUGAACACUUUCCACGGUGAGUGGUGGCUUUUGCGCCCCAGUCGGUGCGAGGAUGAAGCUCCGCGUUUAGCCUCUCCUUCCCUUCACCCGAAAUCCCGUUUGCGUGGGAUUGGCCUCGUUUCCUGGAUGGGUUCUGGCAUUUAUGACCUCGUUUCAAUCCAACAUCAUCAACGGGUGACGAGCAGCCCCUGCUCUCUGCACUGGUGCCCAGGUGCAGGUAACACCUCGUCCAUCCUACCCUGUGCCAAGGACAGGCUGGUCCCUCUGCUCUCACACCAAAGCGUGCUGGGGACCAGCUGUCCCUUGUUUGAGAUGUCACCUCGUGGUGUGACUCGUGUCCCCCAGGUGAGUGACACUAUGUGCACGUGCACCUUUACCUCUGCACCGGGCUCCUGCGCGCGUUAGGGGAAGGAAAGCCGAAGCGUUGCGUAGUCUGGAGUUUUUCUCACCUGUGUCACAAAUAGCAGUAUUUUGGAGAAAAAAAAAAGUGUUGAUCCUU